AUGGCGACCAAGAUGGAGGCAUCCACGACAAAUCCACGAGGCAUUCCAACUUUCCCUUUCAUGACCAAUGUGAGCGACUACGUUAAGAGCAUUGAAGAGGUCGAACCCACGCUUCAACGGUUCCAAGAGAUGGUAUCCAAGUACACAUUUAUGCAGCAGAACGUUGAUAGACGAGCCGCUGGUCUCAGGGAAAAACUGCCUGAAAUGAAGGACACUCUCGAUACUGUCAGAUUUCUGAAGAAGAAGCGGACUAUCGCUCUUGAUUCGAAAGAGAAUGGCGAUUCAGACGAGCUCGACGACGAACUAGGAGACAGCAAGCCCGAUCCGCAGGGAAUAGAGGCGACCUUCAAUCUACAGGAUACGCUGUAUGCGAAAGCCACGAUACGUCCAGCCGAGGUGGAUGAGGUCUACCUAUGGCUGGGAGCCAAUGUUAUGGUUGCUUAUCCACUUGAUGAAGCCGAUGAGAUGCUGCAAGGAAAGCUUGACAAGGCUCGUGACAGCCUCAAAGCUGCGGAGGAGGAUUUGGAGUUUCUGAGAGUGCAAAUCACUACACUUGAAGUCGCCAUUGCUCGUGUCCACAACUGGGAUGUUGGCGAGAAGCGAAGACUGCGGGCCGAGGGCAAGCUCAAGGACGACGGAAAAGGGAAAGACUGA